AUGUCAUCAUCAGGAAAGCCAGGUGGUGUUGCCGCCGGUAGCGGUGGUGCCGUUGACGGUAGUGGUACCGGUAGUGGUGGUGCGGCCACCGGUGGUACCACGCCCAUGUGGCAAGAAUGGUUAGAGAAGUGGUUGGAGAAAAAUAAGGAGAACUUGGGGAAGGGCACUAUUACAGAUGCAUUAUGGAAGGAUCUGGAGCCAACGUAUAAUAACUUCGUGAAAGAAGUAAAGGAGGCCCAGCAGUCUUUUGAAAUGGAUGAACUCUGUGAGAGUACCGGGCAGUUGACUGAUAAUGCAGUGUAUGUGGAUGGCGUGAAGACACUAUGUCAGGCCAUACUUAAAAUAAGAUAUUUCAUGAGUGGAGUAAAAACAGAGAGGCGGGGGCAGGCUCCGGAUGGGACAAAGUACGACCGGGCACCAGUUAUUCAGGAGAACAUGCAACCGGACGAAACCUUUAAGCGAUGCAUUGUCGGCAUGGUCGGCCUCUGGGAUAUUUAUGGGGAACACUGUAAAUUGGGGGGCGUUAUACAGGAGGUCGAAUCAGGUGUGGACAGCAAAUUAAAGAAGCACUUGAAGAAGGAACAUAUUGCGAACUUGGAUAUGUGUAAAAGCAUUACUGCUGAGGGUUUAACUCUUGGUAGAACAGUUCUUGGUGAUAGAAUUAAAAAUUGGGUUAAGGAGGAUAAGGAGAGGGCGGCAGGUAGGUCCAGCGCGGCCAGCAGAUGGGUGGGUGGAGCAAUGUAUCUUGGUGAGGGGAUGUGUCCCAAGGGGGAGGACGAAAAGAAGAAAGCAAGGAAAGACAAUAUGAAAAGUAUGGCACAAUUUCUUAGUCUACCCAACACAACCCCGGACCCAGGGAACAGUAGUAAGGUCAAUGUAAUGGAAGUUUUAACGAAUGAUAAAUACAACAUCCCAGAUGAACAAUUAAAAACCGCGCUGGCAUCAGUAGUUGCGAAUGGAAAAUCACUAAACACCGAGGCCAUAAAGAAUCUUAAUCAAAUGUUAGCCGAUAAAGCCCACAUUGUAAAAGCUCAAGUAUGCAUUAAAGACGCCGUGGAUGACCCCAACGGCAACGGAAGUGCUCUAUGCAAUCGCCUAACAUGUAUACAGAAAUAUUUGAAGGCCUUAGAUGGACAAAAUGCAAAUACGGCUACGAACACCUUCUGGGAGAAGAAUGUAAAGGAGCUGUGGACAGAACUGUCCACAGAAAUGCUGGGGAAAGCAAAUGUAGAGGUAGAAGAAUGUAAUAAAUUGCCAAAUCCGUCUGACAAGACGGCAUGCAAGUAUUUGCAUGCCGGCUUUAAAGAACUGUACAAAGAUACGACGACGCCGGCGGCGGCGGCGCUGCCGGCGUCGCCGGCGCCGUCGGCGCCGACAGGCGCCGACAUCUUAAAGAACAACCCAUCGUUUAGACAAACGAUGGGUUGCUUUUUACUUCAUGCUUAUGCAAAACACAUGAAAGAGAAAGCUGUUUGUGACAUAGAAAAAGGAAUAACAACGGCAUUUAAUGCAUGGGAGAAACCAGAGAACAAAGGUGCUACUUCUUGCAGUGGCACUGGCAAAACUUGCGUUCCAUGCAAAUGGGACAAAGACGACAAAUGGGAGAAUUGCGACAUUAACACAACUGGUUCAGGGGAGAAGGUGAAGACCAAAUUGGAUGUAAUUAUUGGACCAGAUGACCAAACUGUUAAGACCACCGCAGAGAAAGUGAAUACAAUGACAUUAUGUGAACGUGUCCAAUGCGUAGGGAAGAGGUGGUUAAAGGAAAAGAAAAAUGCGUCAACUAACUGGGUUGAUGUGUGGGACGAAGUCAAAACUGAACUAACGAAUCUUAGCAGCGGCAUAACUUCGAAGAAGAAGGAUGUUACAUCUCACUGCCCUACAGAUGAAGGGAAAGGAAAGGAAGCUUGCCUCCUUAUAGCAGCAGGAUUAAAAAACCUCUACGACAUCAACGAGAACGAUGCCGUUACGGCAUCGUUCCAAAGAACGAUGCGCUGUGUUUUAUUAAAUGCCAUUGCAGAUAAACUACAAGAAGAAAGCUUCCCAUGUAAGGAUGAAAAACAUACGAAGGAGGGGAUAGAUCAUGCCUUUAAGGAGAGCAUAAAUAAUCAAAUUAAGAAUAACAGUAAAGGUUGCAAUGGUAAUGAUAAAUGUUUUACAUGUCCGAGGCAAUCCUUAACGGAUCUCACCAGUUGCCAAGUUGGUGAGAAUAAGGAAAAGAAGGAAUUAAAAGAGAAGGUAAAUGAAGUGCUCACCAACAACAACAACGGUGCUAAGGAAGAAAUGAAGAAAAUUGAGGAUAAAGCUAUAAAGGACAUAUGUAAACCGUGUGAGGAGAACGACUUAUGCCAGCAACUUAAGUGUAUUGCGCCGAAGUGGGCAGUGAAUAGGAGUCUCACGAAAGACCAAGGUACCUGGGAUAACAUGAAAACUGAUUUCGGAGGACUAUUGUCGUUACUCCUAACUGGCAUGAAGGCAAAUCGGAGUUCAGUUGCCCACCACUGCAAACAGGACACUAAUAGCCAAGUCUGGAGUGAUAACGACGCCCAUGGCUCCGCAAACAAAACUGCAUGCGAACUUGUUGCAGGAGGGCUGUAUCGCAUUUCAACUAUUCUCGAUACAUAUAAUGCGAUUUCUGAGAAAACCCCCUAUGAUAACCAAGAGUUUAAACAAUUCGUCUCCUGUUUAGCGCUAAAAGCCAUCGUACAAAAAAUGAAAGACGAAAGUCAUAUCUGCAACAUAGACGAAGGGAUAAAGGUCGCUUUUGGUGCAGCAUCCCAAAUUAAAAAGGAUCAUUGCAAUAAUGGUAAACCCUGCUUCCUCUGCAAAUUGGACGACAGCUACGACAGUUGCAACAUUGGCAACAAUUCCAAUGUAAAGACCAAUUUGGAAAACUUGCUCAAGACGAAAGGAAGCGAAGUCAAUAACGCCCUCAAGGACAUAACUGAGACACCAGGAAAUGCUGGUCCCUCUCUCUGUGAUCGUCUCCAGUGUUUAUCCUCUCGAGUGGAAGCACUUAAAGGACAACCCAACAGCACCAAUGCGAAGGAGUUCUGGACAGAUAAAGGCGAAGUUGCCGACUUAUGGAACACACUGUCCACAGCCAUGAAGACAAAUAGGAGCGACGAAGAUAAAUGUAAAACAAUGGAUGAUGGCACUGGUGCCAGUGGCACUAGUGGCAGAACUGCCACUGACCCUGAAAAGAAGGCAUGCAAUUAUUUGCAUGCCGGUCUAAAGGAACUGUACAAGACGAAUGGGGCGAUGGCGACGCCGUCGCCGUCGCCGUCAGCCAACGGCAAACUUUUGGACAACCCACUGUUAAGACAAACAGUGGGUUGUUUAUUACUUCACGCUUAUGCAAAGAAAAUGAAAGAAAAAUCGACCUGUGUCAUUGAUUCUGGUAUAGUGAAGGCAUUUAAGGCAUUUGAUGAUAAUAAUGCUUCAUGCACGAACAAUGGUUCGUGCAUUAAAUGUGAAUGGAAAGAGACGGACUAUGACAACUGCCAAAUUACCACAAAUGGCAACUCCAAAGAGCCAGCAAAGAACAAAUUAGACCAAGUUAAAAACAAAAUUGACACCACCGCAAAGGACAACCUAAAGAAAAUAAAUCACAUGGAUAAGUUAUGUGAUUAUAUUAAAUGUGCCGCACCCAAAUGGUUCUACAACCAAAAGAACAACAAGCAAGCAGCGAGUAGUGGAACGACGAAGAGCUGGUGUGAAUUUUGGAAUGAAGGCGUCAAACCAACACUGGAGAACAUGUUCAAAGAAAUCGAGGUUAAAGGGAAGACCAACACUAAUUACGUAACAUGCCAAGGCUUUGGUGAUGGAAAUCCACAUAGUGUUGAAAGAAAGGCAUGUAUUCAUAUCGCGGAGGGACUAAACUACAUUAAAAACAUUAAGCCUAAGGGUAGUGGUGCUAGUGGUAGUACUAUCACCUCGCCUAAUGAUAAAGACAAGCAACUGCUUGAUAGAGCAGUUGCUUGUAUUGCUCUUAACAUGUACGCUGAUCAAAUAAGAGAAAAGUCGAAGAAUAAAUGUCCCAUUGAUGAGAAGAGAAUAGAAAAAAUGUUUGAAGUUUGGAAUAAAAUUAAUAAUUAUCCGUGUCCGACCUCUGGUGGUAAUAAUUGUUUUGAAUGCAAAAGGAAAGAAAAUUUUAAUGGUUGUCACCUGAGCGUCGCAGACGCUCUGGUGGAAAAAAAUCAAAGUGCAAGUUGCUCUUCUAACGACAACAGAGAAAAUGUCAAAACUGAAUUAAACAAAUUCCUCAACGACAAAUCCAAAUCCAUCCCCCAAGUGAAGGAUACCUUAUCCACUAUCACUAACAUGUCCAACUCUUUCUGUACUAAAAUGCAAUGCGCAGCAAAACAAUACUACGUCAAAAAAAACAGCCCUAAUGGAAAAAGCACCGAUGUGAAGUGGGAAGAAAUAAAUGAUGUCGUUAAGGAUGAAUUAACGAAACUUAUAGGACAUAUUACGAAUCAUGGGAAUUGGGAUUCCUUUUCCACACACUGCAACGAUCCAAAAUGGAAUAACGACACAAAAGGAGAAAUAACUGCAAAGCAAAAAGCUUGUAAGCUUUUUGCUUCAGGUUUAAAAUACAUUUCUCAAAUUAAUGACGACCAACAAAAGGAUACUGUACCACUUAAAAGAACUAUGAUGUGCGCAGCACUUAAUCUUUAUGCUGAUCAAUUAACAAACAAAUCAACAGAACAAUGUCCUCUCGAUGGAACUAAAUUGGAACAGGCAAUAAAAUACGCUUUUGAACAAUAUAAUGCCACUAUGAGGAAUGGAACACCUUCCCAAUGCUCAGCUGUUAAUGGUCCUAAUUCUUGUUUUAUUUGCAAUAGAGAAGAUAAAUUUCACAAUUGCCAAAUUGGAAGCAAAGCCACUGACAAAGUAAAGGACAAUAUGGACAAUCUCCUCGACAAGGAAGACCAAAUCAACUCCCAACCCAAAUCUAACACUCCUACCAUGGAACAAACACUAGACAAAAUAAAUAGUAAGGACACUUUCUGUACUCAAGUCCAAUGCGCAAUCAAACAACACUACGCAAAGAAGAUCAAAGGAAAAACAUUUCCAAAUGGAACAAGACCAUCUUGGGGUGAAAUGAAGUCUGAAAUUGAAAGGGUAUUAACGGACCUUCUAAAUUAUAUGGAAAAAUCGCAUAAUCAGUCGGACGCUAUCGAAUAUUGCAAUGAUGAAGUUAAAUGGAGUAAAUUUGGCCAUAAAGGAAAACACACAAAUAAAGCAGCUUGUUUGCUUUUUGCUUCAGGGUUAAAGCACAUUUAUACCCAUGGUAAUGACCACCAGACGGGCCAGUUUAAGGGCCCAUCGUUUGAACAAACGAUGGGUUGUUUAUUUCUUAAGGAGUAUGCAAAACAAUUGCAAAAAAUGGCAGAAACGAAAAAAAAAGGACAGAGUUGGGUACAUCCUCUUUGUGACAUAGAUAAGGGCAUAAAUCACGCUUUUGAUAAGAGUGGUGACAUUAUGAAGAAUGUAUUAACUGAAUGCAACAAUGGUACUGAUGGUAUUUCUUGUUUUCAAUGCAAACUAAAUGAAGGUUAUGAUAAUUGCAAAAUUGGCGAUGACGAUGUAGGAAAUAAAGCUAAAGAUCUGUUCGAAGGCGAAUCGAAGCAAAACCAAAUGGAAAAAACAUUAGAGAAUACAGUCUGUCCCAUCCUUCUUACGGAUCUCCUUACCCCUUUUGUUCCUUUGGCUCCUGUCUCUAUUGGUCUUUCUGCUAUGGCUUAUUACCUUUGGAAGUAUUUUGGUCCUCUUGGUAAAGGAGGACAACGUUUCAGAAGAUCUCCUGCUGAAAUUCCUGGUCCAUCAGUACAGGAACAAGUCUUCGAUCAUGUGCAACAAGAUAGUUCACAUGAAUAUCGAUUAGUGAAGGAACGAAAACCUCGUUCUGCUCCAACGAGAACGAAACGUUCUGGUCGCGUGAAUCGUCGCACGAUUAUUGAAAUUCAUUUUGAAGUGUUGGACGAAUGUCAAAAAGGGGACACACAAUUGAACCAGAAGGAUUUUCUGGAACUUUUGGUUCAAGAAUUCAUGGGAUCCGAAUUAAUGGAAGAAGAACAGGUUCCUAAGGAAGAAGUUCUUAUGGAAAGUGUUCCUAUGGAACGUGUUCCAAGUUUGGGUUCCGUGUUUAUGGUUUAG